UCCUAAGCCGCCCUCCCACAAAUAGGAACAGUGUGUCUAAAACGCGUGGUGGGAAUGGCGGACUGUGCAAGGAGCAUGGGUUGGUCCACAAUCAGAUCAAUACACCCUUACACUGUCCAUCCAUUUCCCGCAGCGCGUUCCUCAACGAGUUCUUACUUACAAAUUAUUGCAACAAGAUGGGUAUUUCGGGCGGGUUCGGUCCUACCCUCGUCGGGGGGUUGGCGUCCGCCAUGUUAUAUGGCAUAACUACUCUCCAGACUUACGUGUAUUACAUGCACUACGCAGAGGAUGCCUCGGCCAUGAAGUUCCUGGUUGCUGUCAUAUGGAUCUUCGAUACCCUACAUGUCUCGUUCAUGUGUCACAUCUUGUAUUACUACUUGAUAACUAGUUACGGUGUUCCAGAGAACUUCGAGUAUAUUAUCUGGUCAUUACCGGCGUCGAUUCUAGUGAAUGUGUUUUUGAUUUCUAUAGUUCAAUGCUUCUUCGUGAGUCAAGUAUAUCACCUCUGUCGCCCUCAGGUGAAGUGGCUCACGAGGCACUUGUAACAGCACUCAACAGGGGUUGAUAUAGAGACAGUUGUUCUGCAGUUAGCCAAGCACAAGACUAGUGUCCUAGCCCAGAUCUCGUUUUCCGGGGGGACACCUGCUUUGGCCAUCGUGGCACUAACUGAGGUUCUGAUUACAGUGUCGCUCUGCAUACUUUUCUAUGAUGGUGGCUCUGACUCUGCAUUCCCAAG